GUUCACAUUAUGCAAGAAGCGCUCCACAGAGAUGUAAUCCACACCUUGAAGAGAAUUCAUAUGGCACUAUAUCCAAGUAAUUUCUUGUUGCUUAAAUCGGUAGAAUCUGUUGCUUGGUUCUAAUAUACAGCGGGUGAGGGUUUUGUGUAUGUAUAAUUAAGUGACAAACAACUUCGAAGAAAAUGCCUCAAGGUUUGACAAACAUUCGGGAUGAAUGGAAAUACAUGGAUGAAGAAUAUAAACAACUUCAGGAGACACACCGAAUCUACUUACAGAAACUGGAUGAAAUUUCUAAAUUACAAAGCAGCUGCUCUUCCUCCAUUUUCCGGCAGCGAAGGAGGCUGACGGAGAUGUCGAAAAAAUGCAGCACAGAAUCCUCAGAGGAAGAUUCUAAAAACGUGGAUGAGAUAAAAGACAAUAUCAAGACACGGCUGAAUGCUUUUUCUGAGAUGGAAGCUUUUCUUCCCAAGAAAAAUGGACUAUAUCUCAGUCUGGUCCUUGGAAAUGUGAAUGUUACUCUUCUCAGCAAACAGUCAAAAUUUGCCUACAAAGACGAAUACGAGAAGUUCAAGCUGUGCACCACGGUCAUCCUGCUGUUGUUGUCCUUCAUAUGCUAUUUCUUUGUGAGCUACAGAUUUCUGGAUGCAAUCCUCAAUUUCCUGUUGGUGUGGUACUACUGCACAUUAACUAUCAGGGAAAGUAUCCUCACCAGUAAUGGCUCCAGAAUCAAAGGCUGGUGGGUUUUCCAUCACUACGUCUCAGCUUAUUUGUCCGGUGUGAUGUUAACAUGGCCUGAUGGAAACCUGUACAAGAUAUUCAGGAACCAGUUUCUUGCCUACUCCCUCUACCAAAGUUUUGUUCAGUGUCUGCAGUGCUAUUAUCAGAGUGGUUGCCUGUACAGAUUACGAACCCUGGGAGAAAGACAUAACAUGGAUCUGACUGUGGAGGGAUUUCAGUCAUGGAUGUGGAAAGGGCUGACGUUUCUUUUGCCUUUCCUCUUUUUUGGUCAUUUCUGGCAGCUCUUCAAUGGCCUCUCACUCUUCAGGAUGGCUCAGCUCCCAGACUGCAAAGAAUGGCAGGUUUUGAUGUGUGGUCUCUGCUUCCUCAUUCUGUUCAUGGGGAAUUUUUUCACCACUCUUGCUGUGUUCCGUCAGAAGCUCAAAAGCAGGAACCAGAGCCCAAAGAGUCUGUGAUGUGUCAUGCUUAAAAAGAAAUGCUGUGUCAAAUGUCCCGCUCAAAAUUACAUAUCAUCACUGAAAUCAAGUAACGAUGCAACUGCUGGCCAUUAUAAAAUAUGUACAGUAGAUAUGUAAAUAUAAUAUAAUGUGCUACUAUUAAUCAAUUUCUAUUAAACGUGUAACUGUC